AUAAGUCUACAGUAUGAAAAAGAGGCAGCUUGCGGAAAGGUUUUCACCACCCCUAACCUCAAUAAUAUCACUGGCCCUUACACACGGAACCACGGCAAAGGGGCUGAUUUACAUGUUAAAUCCCUGCCCUGCCUUCUGAUUGGCUGGAACCAAGCCUCUGCAGCCAGGUGAUUGGUCGAAGCCCUGCCUGUGCCACUUCCGUGCUCCGUAAUUGGCCAGCCUCCCUCCUUGUCUCCUCUCUGAUUGGCCGCCGCCGUAAUCGCUUGCCACUGGUUGCCGGGCAGAAGAGGGGAGGAUGGAAGCGGUGUGUGCGACGGGGAUGGCCGCCAAGCUAAGGAGCCAAUGGGAUCGCGACGGGGGGCUGGGGCAGAACAACAACGCCAUCAAGUUCCUGGGCCAGGACUUUGAGUCCCUGAGGGCCCGGUGCCUGCACAGCCGGACCCUGUUUGAGGACGAAUCCUUCCCCCCCCAGACCUCCUCUCUGGGCUUCAAUGAGCUGGGCCCCCGGUCCUCCAAGACCCAGGGGGUCCGCUGGGUUAGGCCCACGGAGAUCUGCACCAGACCAGCGUUCAUUUUGGAUGGAGCGACUCGCACUGACAUCUGCCAAGGCACUCUAGGGGACUGCUGGCUGUUGGCGGCCAUCGCGUCUCUGACUCUGAAUGAGAACCUGCUGCACCGGGUGGUGCCCCACGGACAGAGCUUCCAGAGCCAGUACGCCGGAAUCUUCCACUUCCAGAUUUGGCAGUUCGGCGAGUGGGUGGACGUGGUAAUCGACGACAGGCUCCCGAUUAAGGACGGGAAGUUGCUGUUUGUGCACUCGGCCGAGGGCGGCGAAUUCUGGAGCGCCCUGCUGGAGAAAGCCUACGCAAAGCUGAACGGCUGUUACGAGGCACUCUCAGGGGGCAGCACGUCGGAGGGCUUCGAGGACUUCACGGGCGGCGUGACGGAGAUGUACGAACUGAGGAAGGCUCCCUCCGACCUCUACAGCAUCAUCAGCCGAGCCAUAGAGAGGGGCUCCCUGAUGGGCUGCUCCAUUGACAUCACUGACACCCGGGACAUGGAGGCGGUGACGUUUAAGAAGCUGGUGAAGGGCCACGCCUACUCCCUAACGGGGGUGGAUGAGGUGGUGUACAGAGGGAAUCCCACUAAGCUGGUUAGAGUGCGGAACCCGUGGGGUGAGAUGGAGUGGACGGGCGCCUGGAGCGAUAACUCUAGAGAAUGGGAAAAUGUGGACCGUUCUGUCCGAGCCCGGCUGCAUAACCGCAGUGAGGACGGAGAAUUCUGGAUGUCGUUCAGUGACUUCCUGCGGGAGUUCAGCAGGCUGGAGAUCUGUAACCUGACGGCUGACGCCCUGCAGGCCUCCCAGGUGAAGAAGUGGAGCUCCACCAUCUAUCAGAGCGAGUGGAGGCGGGGCAGCACCGCAGGGGGCUGCAGGAACUUCCCUGCCACGUUCUGGAUAAACCCCCAGUUCAAGGUGAUCCUGCACCACCCUGACCAGGUCGGGGGGAAGGACUGCAGCUUCCUGGUGGCGCUCAUGCAGAAGGACCGCCGGCGCAAACGCAAGGAGGGGAAGGACAUGGAGACCAUCGGGUUCGCCGUGUACGAGGUCCCCCGUGAGUACGUGGGGAAGUCGGGCGUGCACCUGAAGCGGGACUUCUUCCUGACGAACGCGUCGAGCGCGCGCUCCGAGCUCUUCAUCAACCUGCGGGAGGUGAGCACCCGCUGCAGCCUCCCUGCGGGGGAGUACAUCAUCGUGCCGUCCACCUUCGACCCCCAGAAGGAGGCCGACUUCGUCCUGAGGGUGUUCUCCGAGAAGCCCGCCGAUUCCGUGGAGCUGGAUGAUGAUGUCGCAGCUAAUAUGCCUGAUGAGCCCGAGUUGAACGAGAGCCAGAUUGACUCAGGCUUCAAGAGUCUGUUCAGACAGCUGGCUGGAGCGGACAUGGAGAUCAGUGUAACCGAACUGGAGACUAUUCUCAACAGGAUCAUCAAAAAGCAUAAAGACCUGAAGACAGAUGGAUUUGGAAAGGAAGCCUGUCGCAGUAUGAUCAACCUCAUGGACAAAGACGGCAGUGGGAAGCUGGGACUGACCGAGUUUCACGUUCUCUGGGAAAAAAUAAAGCGAUACCUGACGGUGUUCAGGCAGUUUGAUCUGGAUAAAUCUGGAACUAUGAGCUCCUAUGAGAUGCGCAUGGCUCUUGAAUCCGCAGGGUUCAAGCUGAACAAUCACCUGUUUCAGCUGAUAAUCCUCCGCUACUCCGAGCCUGAUCUGUGUGUGGACUUCGACAACUUUGUCACCUGCCUGGUGCGACUGGAGACCAUGUUCAAGACCUUUCAGACGCUUGACACAGAUGCUGAUGGCGUAAUAUCACUGAACUUCUUCCAGUGGAUUUCCUUGACCAUGUUUGCCUAGAAGGACAAUGGGACGGGUUGCUCGUGCUCUGGUCUGCCGCCGUCUCCAGACUUUCACAAGUGCCUUCAUUUUAACUUUCGCUUCGUCGGUGUCGGGCCUCGGAUUCCCGUUUUUAACGCCUCUUAAGUUUACCUGGGCCCUCCUGUGACAGGUGUGCCAAAAUGUUUUUAAGUGUCGCAUAAAAGGGACCGCUUUGCUCGUUACCUUGUCUUUAAGAAAAACGAUCACGGAGAGAGCAAACGACACGAGCUAAAUUUCGGUUCACUUGCCAAAACCUUUCAGUUUGGUGCCAAACGGAUCGCCGUUGUCAUUGCCAACGCCAUCGGUCAGUUGUCAGCGAAGGAGUUCUUCUUUGGUACUGCCAUUGGCGAGGCAGAUAAAGGUGUCCAGUAUAAUCACAGAACCUGCAUGUAGUAUUGCUGCCUGUUUCCAGGCAUUACAGGGACAGAGACACUGAGUUUACAGGCUGCAGAACAGCCAGACCCAAUCACGAUGGGGGUCAGAGGUGGGGGGUCAGGGUGUGAGGUGGGGGGAGGGGUGGAUAAUACAGAGAAAAUCACAAAAAAAUGCUAAAAAAAUCCAAAUCAAAAGGGAUCACCACAGACUUUUACAGUAGCUUAGUUCCAUGGAAGGAGUGUGCCAAAAACUGUCCCACCUUGCCCCCACCCCACUGUAAUCAGUAUAAUCUUUUCUGCAAUGUUUUCACACGGCGUGUCUGUUUUUUACAACUAUGCAUGGGCCAUCUCUGUGAAUGCUGCAACUCUUUAUUGUCAAAUAGUUUUUUUCCUGUCUUUUUUCCACAUUUUUAAAAUUAAAUAAAUACACAUGAAGGCCA